ACGUCACAGCACGUAGGACCGUCAGGGCCCAGCAGAGCGGACAGCUAACAGAGAAUGAAACCCACAUUAAACACUAAACGUAACUUCUUCUCUUCUAUACGUUGUUUAUUUUUAUUUUUUUUAUUAACCUGAAGGUGUUUUCAUUUGUUGUUCCUACUUCCGCUGUCGUCGUAAAGCGGGGUGUGUUUCCUGUCGCCGCUCGCUCGCGCCCCACCUUCCUCCUGCGUUGUUGUUUGUUGUCAGUCGCGCGCUGUGGCUCGCGCUGUGGCUCGCGCUGUCCUCCCCUGAUCUGUGCCGACCGUUGGCCCGCCGCGCGCAUGCAGCAGAAUGGCUCGAGCGGUUCCAACGGCUCCGACGGCUGCAGCAGAGAGCGCCAGUCGCGGCCCUUCAGCCCGCUGCCCGCCGCGGCGACGACCCGGGUGAGGAGGUUCAUUCAGGAGAGACGGACGCUGCCUCUACCCAGAGUGAUGGUGGUAUUCUCGGCCGCGGGUGACACCGACAAACCGGGCGAUGCCAUGUCCAGCUCGGACUCUGCGGAGGACGAGUUCCGAAAGCCGGCCUCCCCAGCGCCGAACUUCAGCCUGAGCAAGCCGCUCCGCCCCUCACUGAGCGCCGGGGAGCAGGAGUUCCCGGAGGUCAUCUCUCUGAACGUCGGGGGAACGUACUUCACCACUCGCCUGUCCACGCUGCGCCGGUUCGAGGACACCAUGUUGGCCGCCAUGUUCAGCGGACGCCAUUACAUCCCACGUGACGCCGACGGGCGCUACUUCAUCGAUCGGGACGGGACAUAUUUUGGGUGAGUAGCGCUUUGUGUGACCUCCGACCAG